AUGGAGACUUACGUUGAUGCGGUUGGUAUGGACACAGCAGCCACGACAACGACGGAGACGACGGCGAGCUCAAAGAACAAAAAGAAGUUAAAGGUAAUGGUUGCGAUAGAUGAAAGCAAGAAUAGCUUCUAUGCGUUGGAAUGGGCAGUGGAACAUCUCAAAGAUGUUAUGAGCGCCGAACCGGAAAUCGAUCAAGAAGGCGGUUUACUUACGUUGGUUCAUGUUAAUCCUUCUGGUGCAACCGCUUCGGCGACAGAUUCAGUUCCUGAAUUAAUGAAGAAAGCAGGAGUACAGAGCACCAAUUUGUUCACACCGGCCUUGGAGUUAUGUCGUGCCAAAAUGGUGAAGACUGAAACAAUGAUACUGGAAGGAGAUCCAAAGGAGAUGAUCUGCCAAGCGGUCGAGCAAGCCCAUGUGGAUCUUCUUGUCGUUGGUAGCCGUGGACUCGGCAUGAUCAAAAGGGCCUUUCUAGGGAGUGUGAGUGAUUACUGUGUCCAGCAUGCGCAAUGCCCAGUUCUCAUUGUGCGACCACCUAAAGAAACCUCGAGUAGCAAGUAAUACAUACCAAUGAACACACCAGCAAGUGAGGAAACCAUAUUGGUGACUAGUAACUUUUUCUUUUGUGGGAAUGUGACGACUAUUUUCUAUUUUAUCCCGUUUCUAAUAA